AUGGCAACUGCAUAUUCCACUCGAUCUAGAUCUCAGAGUUCGCAUCGACUGAGACUGGAUGACGAGGAAAAAGAAACAGAUGUAGGCGAUUGGGAGCGAAAAAAUACGAAUCAAAAAGAACUUGAUCAAUAUCAAUUAAAUAAUUGUGAUAGUCGAUCUAUUAAAUGUUCUUUUUGCCAAGAACCUCAACCAUCAUCAUCUGCUCUAAGUGCUCAUUUAAUGUUAUGUGGAAAUAAAACUGAUCAAUGUCCAAAUUGCCGUAAAUUUAUACGAAGAGCUAUUUUCGCCUAUCAUUACGAGAAUAAUUGUGCUAACUUAGAAGAGACUGAUACUCCUAUUCCUCAAUCUAGAAAUUCAUCAGCACAUCGUCGUUCUUCAAAGUCCAACAGAUCAGUGUCACAACAGAAUGACGUCAACGAUCAUAAUCAGGAAGAUGAUAGUAGUUAUAUUUCUUCGAACUGUCGAUCAAAACCAUUAGAUGAAGUUUCAUCAUCGGCUUCAAACAAGAGAAGUACAUCAGAUACGAUUAUAUCUAAAUCUUCUAAUAAUCAAUAUUUAUCCAAUGAUCAUAAAGUUCAUCAGGAAAACCGUCUUGAAAAUCAGAUCAAAAUGAAUGAACAAUUAGAACAAACAUCACAAAUAUCGAAUACAGCUGAAUCUCGUUCAUCAGCGAAUAGACAUCGCAAAUCACAAGAUAUUGUUUAUAUUCCCUGUGAAAUUUGUAAUAAACAAGUUGAUUUACGUUAUUGGGCGACUCACGUUCAAGACUGUCGGGAACGAGAAAUUCGUCGAAUAGAGGCUCUUGCUGAAACAAUAAAUCGAAAACCUUUCACUGAAAAACUUCCAUGUGAAUAUUGUGAAGAAUUAUUGUCAAUAGAACAACUUCAAACUCAUGAAAGAUUUUGUCGCAAGAAUCCUGAUAGUAUGGCUCGAACAGCUAAACUUAAUAAUUCGCAACCAUUCUCAACAGUUGCUUUUACAAACAGAUCGUUAAAAAUUGACAGAGAUCCAACGUUGUUAUCAAAUAUUCGUGAUCGAAUUAAUGAUCGAGAACGUACUACUACAUUAGAAAAUGGACGUGCUUCAUCUCAUGUAAGCAUCAAUGUUCGUAGAACUAAUGAAACUAUGAAACAACAUGAUAAUAAUAUUUCACCUCUUGCCAUUAACGGGCAACCAACAUCUAGGCAACGUAAAACAACUAGUGAUGUUGGUUUGCAAUUGAUAAAUUCUUCUCGUGAUGUUCCUGCUCACGAUACUUUCCUUGGAUUACAAAUGGACCAUCGUUCGAGUGGUACUCAAUCAUUACCAAAUAGAUCACAUAGCGCCAUAUCACUUGAGAGAAAGACAGAACAUCGUAGACCUAUGCCUCGACUAACAGGAUCAGCAAGUGUUGACCCUUCACGUGGACGAUCGACAUCAAAAACGUUGCUGGAUGAACGAGGUAGCACUCGUUCAAAUGGUACAAAAGUUUCUCAUCAUUUUCGGGAUAAUGAUAAUAAUAAUGUUUUAUUUCAUAGUCCUCGGAUUGAAGACCAACAACAUCGGCCGCAACUCAAUCAAUCUGGUCGUCCUGAGACACUCAAUAAGAAAUUUAAAUGGAAACCACCAUUGCAGCAACCACCUAUGAAAUUUUAA